AUGGCCAUACUGUUCGUGCUGGCUACUGGUGUGAAUCUGUCCCUUUUCGGUCUCGGAGUUUUGCUACUGUUCAGCCAAGUAGCGGGGGUCGUCACGGUUGCCAUAAUAUGCCUGCUACUGGUUGCAGAAGCAUAUGCUUCGUGCGUUGCGAUCGCUCUGGCAGCUGACAGGAUACGUGCAAUCCGAGAGUCUAUUGCCGGUGAUGAUCCGCACGCACAAAAGCUACCUGAAAAGCACUGUGAGACCUUUGGGGUUGCAUUGCCCCCGCUGCGUGUCUUACGUGCGCCAGCAAAACGUCGCUGGAAGUCUUGCAGAAAGUCAGAGUCAGUGAGUAGCCGAUUUGUCCACUCGAGUGAACGGCUACACUCAAGAAGCCGCUCAACGACUCCAUCUCCAUUGGUUCCAAGUCAAAAUGGGGAAAAAAGAAGACGUGACAGUGAAGCAUCUCAGUUAGUUUCGGAAGAGGGAAGAGGCGAACAGAAGAGCAUACCUUUGUUCACAGACACGCAAUUGCGUGAACUGAACGACGCAAGAGAACCCUCUAGGCUGGCGCCCUUCGAGGGCUUCUUCCCAUUCACUGCUGAUAUUGCUCGGGCUACCCAUGACGAGGAGUGGAAAGAAAAACACCUCUACCCGCCAGAAGAACUCCCUUCAACAAAUAAGGUUCAGCAGCCUAGUCCCUCACCUGCUGAGCAGGCGAAUGCUGGAUGCGUUGACCAGGGCGUUGAAAAGAUAAAGCUUGAAUCCCAUCCUCGAAUUCUUCUCGAUAAGCAAACCCUCAGCUCAUCGUGCCGUCCGAAGAGCGGGAGGCAACGGCACCACGACUUCGAAAAAGAGCCUACAAAAUGUAUCGAGUUCGGUGUCCACACAAGCGCCUGCGAAAAGGGGUCGCUGCCGCACGUUAGGCUGGGCGCACUCUAUAAGCGGUGCCGAUGGUGCAACCAAGUUGUGGACAAGAGCAGCCGUCAUAGUUUCAGACUUGCCACGUGUGUGGGUCACUGUAACCGAAAGUCAAACAUCGCGCAGGUGGCGCUGCGCCUGAUUCGAGUCUCGUUUCUGUUUCUCUGCGCGGCAGCAGCUUGGACAAAGAGCUUAUUUUUCCCAGAUUCCGCAGCUGCAGCUCUUGCUGAAGCGCGCCGUCACUUCCCCAUCGCCAUGGAUGUGCCUACCGUCUCUCGGUGCUGCCUUGUCGCAACACUUUCCCUGAACAUUAGUCUCGUUCUUUACCUCCUGCACAUGUUGACGAGACUACUUUGCAUCCACCAAAGUCUGCGACGGAAGAAUACGCUGCUGGAGACCGCGUCCGUAACAAUCCCACAAACUAUGUGUCCGACAUGUAGUUCUACAGUCUCCUCUUCACACUGUCGAGCAUGCGCGAGUCUUGCCGGUUACCCGCCCGCAGGUUUUGUCCCUUCGGCUCACACAUCUCUGAUAACAAAAUGCUCUACUGCUUCCAUGGAACGCCACUCUGUUCGCCCUCAUUUCUCUGAUUGCUGUCUCGGCUGGGGAAAACCGGGUUUUGCUGAGGUGCCUCCAGUAAAGCGGCAGCUUCAUAUUGUUCAGUCACCAGCUGCCCGAAUCCCAGAUGCAACUCCGACGGCCCGCUUCCACGUGGAGACCUCGCAUUCACAGUAUGGUGUCAAAGCAGCAAAACACACUGAAAUACCUGGAGAGGCGACAUGUAGUAGCACGGUCACAAGCGGUUCUGCUUCAUCGAGGCUGCCGUCUUCACUAUCUGGAGCUCCUGAAUCCGCAGUAGUGUCUGUUGCGCGCGCUAUUCGCCAGCAAGACAGUUCCACUCCUUCAGCUAAAAACUGUCACUUUUACGAGGGUGCAGCACAUCGGUCGUCCCAUCAUCACCUGAAGAGGAAGCGGUCAACGUCAGCUCCAAACUUCCGCAGUUUACAGUCAGCGAAAGAUGACGGCACCAGGAAAGUGGAAAGUGGGAAUAAGAACCCUGCAUUCUCAAUGGACAAACAUCCGCAACCCAGGUCCAAUGAUGACUCCUGUAGUCCGUGCCGGUUCGGCACAAGUCAUCCUCGAGCUGAGCACACAGGUGACCUGGAAGGGAGAGGGUUUAGGGGGUCCCGAAAUCACUCUACAGUCGCAUUCAUAAGUUCUGAACCAGAGGAAUGCCGAGGCAUCGACGCGGUUGCUGAGUUGUUUCAGGAAAGGAGUCACCAACGAUGCGAUGAAGGAUUGGAAACCCUCGCGGGGGGUGUCACAGGCGACAAACAGGGAAUCUCGUCUCUUCCGACGCCUUUAGAAACAAGUUUCGCUGAUGAAACACACAUUUUUGUUGCAAAUGCUUCUAUCGGUGGACAAGGCGGCCAGGGAUCUAAAUUGACAGACUCCGUAAGCGCUCUCAAGGGCGAUGAGAAGGAGAAACACGUCUUCUGCCGCCAGUCGGUCAUGCAGUCAACGAGUGUUUUCGAUACAAUGUCCUCAUCCCCAAUACCGUCGGAAGGUCCAGAUGACGAAAAAGGUAGACACGUUCAUGUGGAUAACGAGAUAUGUGUGAGAUCAGAAGCCUUGCCUUUUUCGCUCGAUGCGUUUCAUUACCAGGACGAGAGGGAAGUGAUGAAGCAGCCUCUUUCCUCAAUAAGCAAGGACCAGCAACCGGAACAUUCACAAGAUGCUAAUGUCUUCGAGAACUGCAAUGGCGCCCGCGUACCUGUUUCGUGCCAGAUGGAUGAAGAAUCCGAACAAGGCGGGAUUGGCCGCAGUAUAAAUGUGACCGAUGGUGGGGUCUUGCCGCGAAUGACAAAGAAUGAAAUCGGAGCUGUACAGGCACGUCACGAGUUAUACAACCAAAACCAGAAAUCAUGUGAACUUGUGGAUUCAGACGACACUGAUGAAAAUCUAACAGCUUGGAUGAAACUGCAACGGCUUCGAGAGCUCCUCGCCUGCCUACAACUCCGUCAGCGGCAACGCUUAGGACAGCAGCUCGCGGACGCUCCGUCGCCGGAGCUGACCAUGAUGCCGACGCGAGUGCUAAUCGAAGCGACUCCAGAGUUCUUGUGCCUGGGCAAGCAGAAAGAUGAAACGCCACGAGUUUCCCGCAGCGCAUCAAUCUGCUGAAAAUUCGACGAUUGCUCCUGUUACGCUAGUAGCACUAUUCCACUCGCGGAAGUGCCACGCAAUGACAGGGAAAAUUACACAUACGCGUUUUGUCUCAGUCGUUCAAAAAUGGUACUGAUGACGGCUCGUAAUGUGAAGGCAUUUCGUGCCUCCUCGGAGGCAUGUACAAGGAUUUAAGUGUGAGCC